GCACCCAAUCAUUCACUCUACUUUCCUUGUCUUUUCUGCCUUCUCAUCACACCGGGGCCCACUUCUCUGUUUCUCUCUUCCCGUUGCGCCAUGGCCUCCCCCCGGUUGGAGACUUUCUGCUGUCCGAACCGGGACGCGGCGACAGACUUCGUGGUCACCUUCCAGCCCGAGCUGUUCGGGGCUCUGGGACUGGCAAGCGCGAGUCUCAGUCUAAUGUUUGCCGUUUUACAAAUUCUGCCAAAACGCAAAGGAUACAGAAGACUCGGGCAGUAUCCGCUGCCGAGACCCGCGUCCUCCUCCCGGAUAUUGUUCAUCAUCAGUAUAUGUGACAUACUGGGAUGCACAGGUAUCAUCGUCCGAUCAUCUGUCUGGCUGGGCCUGCCAAACAUCAUUGACCGUGUCUCAGUGACCAACAGCACUGAAGUCUGGCCAGAGGUCUUCUGUGUCGGCAGCGCAAUGUGGAUCCAGUUGUUUUUUAGCGCUUCUUUCUGGUGGACCUUUUGUUAUGCUGUCGACGUCUUCCUGGUGGUGAAAACUUCGGCGGGAAUCAGCACCAUUAUCCUCUACCACAUGAUUACAUGGGGUCUGGCCGUGCUGCUGUGUGUGGAAGGAGUGGCAAUGCUUUACUAUCCAUCCAUCUCUGAUUGUGAGCAAGGCCUCCAGCACGCUAUCCCCCACUAUGUCACCACAUACGCACCCAUGCUCCUCGUCCUCGUGGCCAAUCCUGUCUUCUUUAACCGGACUAUAUCUGCAGUGACAUCUUUGCUAAAAGGGCGACAAGGAAUCUACACAGAAAAUGAGAGACGGCUGGCCAAUGAGAUAAAGAUACGCUUCUUUAAAAUCAUGCUGGUGUUCUUUAUCUGCUGGGUUCCCAAUAUCAUCAAUGAGAGCCUCCUCUUCUACCUGGAGAUGCAGACAGACAUCAAUGACAACGGCUUCAGGAACAUCAGAAACGCAGCCCUCAUCACAUGGUUUAUCAUGGGUAUCCUGAACCCUAUGCAAGCCUUCCUCAACACCCUGGCCUUUCACGGCUGGACGGGCUUCGAUGUUGACUUCAGACUGCAGCAAAGGAGAGAGCUGGCCUGGGACUCAGUUUCUACUUCAGUGCCUAACACAGCAGCACACAAUCCCACGGUGGGCACCACUCUGCUCUACCAGAGUCAUGUCCAGGAAGCCAAAAAAAACAUGAUGAGCAACGGACAGCACUCUGACGCCAUCAGCGUCCUCUCAGAAGGAAAAAAAAAGUCAUUCUGGAUGCAAUAAUGAGGCAUGCAGGGUCACAAACCCCCUGCAGGAUCUUCUGUUUUAUCCACGCCGACUGAGUACAGUGGCAUGAAAUUGUUACAGAUUUUUUGUUCAUAAUGAUCUGGUGAAAAGACUUUUUCCACAAUUCAGCAUGUGUUUAUCGAUUCACCGUGUCAGGGCAUGCUUUUUCACAUAAUGUGUGCAAAUCCUGACCUUCUGUUAAGGGUGCUGCAACUGUGGCUAGUUCACUCAGAGCUGUACGUGACAUUAUUGAAAUGCAUCAAACUACAUGCAGAGAACAAUGGCAAAGCUGUAGAUUAUUAGGAUAAACAUGUGAAAUACACUCAGUUGCAUGUGUACAUGAUGCACAUAGCUAAAACUACAGCAGUCUAAUGCAACAGCCUUAUAAUUCAUCUUUAGGAAUGGGAAAUGCAUUCCAUUUAGUGUUGAAAGUAUGUAAAACUGUAUGGUGUAGUUUUUUGUACUGUUUGAUUAUAUUAUAUUGUACUAAGAGGCAUGUUUACCCUCAUUCAUAUAUAUGUGGGGAGCAGCUAACAGUAUAACCUUGCAGGUUGGGUUAAUAGCAAGACUGUUGUAUUAAAUCACUUUAGUUUUAGCUCGGUUUACCUACUGAGUGUAGAUUAAACACUUAUUUGCAUUUUUCAACAUGUGCUUUUGUUACUUUGACAUGUCAAAAUGUCUGCUGGGCUGUUACUAUAUUAUUAAAUGUAUUUUGGGAUGAUUUGGUAAAGCAUUUCAUACAGUAUUGUUUGUCCACAAUGUAGUACAUGUACGAAGGCUAUUCAAUGUUUCGUGUCUUUGAAAUAACAAUUCAUUAGAAAUAAAAAGGUAAUUUUUUUUAAA